AUGUCUACUAGCAUUACUGUUCUUGCUGUUGCCCCGUUUCUAAUGAAUUGCUUUCAUGGUUUAAGAAGUGAUCGUCAUCAUCAUCAUCAUCAUGAUCCUCACCACUGUGAUCAAUACUCUUCCUCUUGUGGAGGAGAUGGUGGUGGAAAUACUCUUAACAUCAGUUACCCAUUUCGAUUUCAAGGUGACCCAAAAAACUGCGGAAACAAGAAAUACGAGCUUACUUGUGAGAACAAUCUUCCAAUAUUUCAAUUCUCCUCCGGUGCUAAAUACUACGUGCUGGCAAUCAACUGCAACAACUAUACAAUCCGACUGGUGGAUGUUGGGAUACAGAAUGGAAACUGCUCCUCUCUCCCUCUUUAUCCGUUAUCCAAUGGUAACUUAUACUGUGUUCAUGAUGAACCUAUCCAUAUGACUUGUUAUGGGCGCUUGGCUAACUGUCAAGGUGCGCCCAUCCAAGGGUCAAUACCUUGA